ACUUCUUCAGUUAGCAACUUCUUCAACAACCAACAGCAUAAGCAAAUGUUAUUAACACAUCUAAUACUGUAUACACUUUUAGGAAUAACAAGGACGCCCGGACAUCGCGAACCCACUACCAACAAAUGGUAGAUGAGUUGGAAAAGGUCCCUGACAUCGCCAGAGGGAUGUACAAAGGUGACCAGACCGCUUUCAGGGAGGAAAUGGCUGAGCACCUUAACGCCCUGGGACCGCCGAUAAGAACGGGUGCAACGUGGAAGCGGGUGUGGUUCGAUUACAAAUGUGCGGUAAAAAAAAAAUUACGUGUGAAUAAAGCAUCUUUGUUGGCCACUGGUGGCGGUCCGUUCCAGCAAAGGCCAUUGAACGACGUAGAAGAAAGAGUGGCCGAUUUAACUAAUUUGAAAGCUACAAUAGAAGAGAACGCAGGCCGCUCUUUUGGAAAUUUGAUUGAC